AUGGCUCGUACUAAGCAGACAGCUAGAAAAUCUACUGGAGGAAAAGCUCCACGAAAGCAGCUCGCUUCAAAGGCUGCACGAAAGAGCGCCCCAUCUACCGGUGGUGUAAAGAAACCUCACAGAUACAAGCCUGGUACUGUUGCCCUACGUGAAAUCAGGAGAUAUCAAAAAUCCACUGAACUCCUCAUUCGAAAACUACCUUUCCAACGACUCGUCAGAGAAAUCGCCCAGGACUUCAAAUCCGACUUGCGAUUUCAGUCAUCCGCAAUAGGUGCCCUUCAAGAAUCAGUUGAAGCCUACUUAGUAUCACUCUUUGAAGAUACCAAUUUAUGUGCUAUUCAUGCUAAGCGUGUGACCAUUCAAUCCAAAGAUAUUCAGCUAGCCCGAAGGUUAAGAGGAGAGCGCUCUUAG